AUGUCUCAAUACAUGAACUCCCAGUCGUUGGGAUCAACUGAAUCGACGGCAAUGGAGACCAUAACAGGGAUCUGUAAUCUGACAUUAGGCUUGGAUUCAUCAGACUUGUGUAACAAAACGGCUGAAUUGGCAGAAGAGAUAAACGAAGUCGAAGAGAUGUACCGAACGCUGAGUAUAGUAGUGCUCAUCCUUUUUGGGAUUAUCGUAAUCGUGGGUCUAUUUGGGAACGCAUUGGUGGUGAUUGUGGUGGCGUGUAAUCCACAGAUGCGGUCGACGACAAACUUACUUAUAAUCAACUUAGCCAUCGCUGACCUACUCUUCAUUGUGUUUUGUGUACCCUUUACUGCCUGGGCGUACGCUUUUCCUUUCUGGCCGUUUGGAAACGUGUGGUGCAAAAUAGUACAGUACUUGAUCGUGGUCUGUGCCUACGCCAGCAUUUACACUUUGGUGCUGAUGUCAUUGGACCGAUACUUAGCUGUUGCUCAUCCAAUCCAAUCGAUGUCAAUCCGAACCGAAAAGAACGCCUAUUUGGCCAUAUUCUUGAUGUGGAUCGCUAUAGUGUUGGCCUGUAUACCGGCGCUCAUGAGUCAUAGAUUGAUCCCAAAUGACGGAACAGAUGAACAGUUCUGCAUGUUUGACGAAGAAUACAAUCAUUCAUUAUAUCAGAUUUGCUUCUUUCUGUCGUCUUAUGUGAUCCCCAUUUCCAUUAUAUUGAUAUUAUAUAUACUUAUGUUGAAACGUCUUUGGUUUGGUGUCGUCCCCGGCGGACACAUGAGCGCAGAGUCCGUCAGAUCUAAGAAGAGAGUCACGCGAAUGGUUGUCGUCGUUGUCAUCAUAUUUGCCUGUUGUUGGUGUCCAAUAAAC